AUGGCCUCCCCUCCGUCCGGGGGAACGGCACCCCGGGGCCUGCCCCAGGCCCAGGGCACUGCCUCCCCUCCGUCCGGGGGAGCACGGCACCCCGGGGCCUGCCCCAGGACCCCAGGGCACUGCCUCCCACCAGAUCAGAUCCCAUCAGAUCGGGAGGAGGACGAAGGUCUGCACCCCCCGGACCCCAGGGCACUGCCUCCCACCAGAUCAGAUCGUGAGGAGGAUGAAGGUCUGCACCCCCCGGACCCCAGGGCACUGCCUCCCACCAGAUCAGAUCGGGAGGAGGACGAAGGUCUGCACCCCCCGGACCCCAGGGCACUGCCUCCCACCAGAUCAGAUCGUGAGGAGGAUGAAGAUCAGAUCCCAUCAGAUCGGGAGGAGGACGAAGGUCUGCACCCCCCGGACCCCAGGGCACUGCCUCCCACCAGAUCAGAUCGGGAGGAGGACGAAGGUCUGCACCCCCUGGACCCCAGGGCACUGCCUCCCACCAGAUCAGAUCGGGAGGAGGACGAAGACGAGGACCCGCAGACCUCGGCCUCCCGGGGGGCUGGGGAUCCCCGGCUGCGAGGCCUCACCAGCCGCGCCGGCGCGACCGGACGCCACCGUCCUUCAUUCCCACACCCGGACGGGGGGUCCGCGGUGCGGGAGAAGAGAACACCCCGUGACCCGGUGCAAAGAGGGCCCCGAAGGCCGCAGGGGGGCGUCCACACCCCGAUUCCCCGGGCGCCGGGCCCUCCGCACCCCGAGUCUCACGGCCCCCGCCGGCGAGCCCGGGGCCCAGGUCAGCAGGAGCGGCCGCCAGCCUCGCCGGGGCGGCUAAGGGGCCGCGAGCGCCCGCCUGGCGAGCCCACGCGUCCGUCUCCCCUCGGCGGCCUGGCGGACAGCCCGCCGCGUGUGCCCGCGCCGCCCCGGCGGCCGGCUCGGAGGCCGCGCGCGCCACCCGCAGCCGCCCGGAGGCCGCGGCGCCGGCCGUCCAAGCGAGCCCCCCUCCUGGACGAACGCGCCACCCCAGCCCCGCACGCGGGCCGAACGGACGCGGGGCCGCCGGGCCGCCGCGGGCGCCUCGGAGCCCCGGGGAUCGCCGGCUCCCGACCCCGGCCCGCCCGGAAGAGCCGCACACGGGAGCCCGAGUGGAAGCGCCCGGGACGCCAGGCGGGGGGAGGGCGCCAAGGGCGACUCGGUUUCGUGGAACCCUCUUUCGAUCGCCUCUGGGAACACAACAGAAACACAUCCUAG